AUGGUUGAGAUCUCCCCUCGCUUGGAUGGAGAUAAGUUUUUCACACAGAUGGAUGGACGAACAGUGGCGACGCCGCUUCUUCUAUGUUUGCUGGUGGUUGAGUUCAGUGACAUCGUGUUUGCCACAGACUCGGUGCCCGCAGUGCUUGGAACUACCAAGGAUCCAUUUAUUGCGUAUUCGUCGAACAUUUUUGCAGUAUUUGGACUACGGUCGUUAUUCUUCAUCUUGCGGGAGGCCAUGACAAGGUUUACCUACCUGGAGCCUGCGGUGAGCUUGGUGCUGGGCUUCAUUGGCGUGAAAAUAGUGGUGGAUUACUUUGAAAUCGUGGAGGCAUUGUGA